CUCCUAGCAUUCGUGGAAGAUACCGAAAAGAAAUCAUCUCCAUGCACCGCCGGCGUGUGCGCGAACGCACGCUUGUCCAACACAUCCCACAUAUCAUCCAGACACGAAGCAUGUUGCCAAAAGGGGCUUCCAUGGAGAGCUGCUCAUCCUUGUACACUUGCCCAGACACUACCAGAAACUGCUUCGACAUGGAGUCUCGAACAGCUAUCUGCACUUGCGCAUCCGAAGGCUUCAACGCGUGGUGAGAAUUNCUUGAGUGUCCCAGGCGGCCGCCAAUUUCUGGAUGAAGAAGGCGUACGUCGAGGGCCCUGCCGGUUCCUUGCGCAGAUGGUUUUCUACCUGUAGGAAGGUGGCAUCAAGAAAUUCCAGCGUGGCACGGUUGGUGGUUUGGCAUUCCACGACAGCAGCACGGACACGUUGGCGCAACAACGGAAGCCAUCCGGUGACCCAGGUGGAGGUACUGAAAGUCUGCUUGCGCUUGACGUCGCUUUUGAUCUCUGUGACCACACCCUUGCAGCUAGACGCGAAACGAGCAAAUUAUUCAGGAUCAGGACCGAGGGACAAGCGUGUGACACUAUCAAGUUGUUCCGGCUUCAGCUUGUCCAUCUUGUCUUGAAUGCGGAUGGUGCCGGCCUCCGCUGCAGCGGCAUCCGCAGCGUCCCGAGCCUCCUGCCUCGCUCUCGCUCCCGUGGAAGACAAAGGCAAACCAGCAUCGUCCUGAGUCAACGGCGAUAUCGCUUGACCCGGUGGCUCGACGAUGUGGCCGGUCGCAGAGCUAGGAUCAAUCAGAAUAGACCCACGCUGGAGGGGGGAGGGCGAUAUCACAAAAGGCUGUUGCAACAGGGCUGGGGCUGCCGACGCUGAUGGUACCACCGCAGGCUCGACCGGUACUGUCGCCGACAUCGUGGCGGAUGACGAUGAUCCUGGCGUGGCCCUGGCAGCGGUUUCGGCACGAACAUCGCGCCCUACAGGAGCUCCCGAAAAGCUCGAAGCGUGGUCUUGCAGCGGUGUCAGAUGCGUUCGUGGGGAAAAAGAUGGGGCAGGUGGUGGCACGCUAGGAGCGUGGGAGGGCACAGGAGGUUGUACAUUCGCGUCGGCAGCAGCAUCCACAACUUGAUUUGCUCGCAGGAGCGUGAGCACUUGUUCCAACAGCAUUUCAGUACGGGAAGCCGAAGUCGAGGCGUGUGAUGCACCAUGGCGUGGUGACUCAUCACGUUCGUCCAAAGGCAAGGAAGAUGUGGGAUGAUCCAUAACGGCAUGGGCAGGGGCAUGGCUUUUCACAGCGGCUGAACGUUCACGAAGUUGCAUGUUGGCAAGUUUGAACGCCGAAGCAGACAUGGUCGGUUGGCCUACAUCAGCGGGGGGGCGUAGAACAAGCGGUGAAGAACAGAGAGAACCGUCUUCUGAAGCAUCCUUGUUUUCCCCCAACAACCCAGAGCUACGAAAACCACCCCGAUCAUGCAUCACUUGCCUGUUACCGUGGCCUGACUUCCGUCCCCCUUUUCCGCCUCGACCGCUGUCAGUGCUGGUCACCCUGCUGUUGCCCCCGCUCCGAUUUUGGCUCCGGCUGCGGCUUCGCCUAGACGGAGGCGUAUUUGUCCCACGACGGUCUUCGCUCCGGCUGCGCCCACGCCUAGACGAAAGAUUGGUGCGCUGUUGACGUUCUGCACUCCGACUCCUGCUCUGGCGGUGGCGGCUCGCCGGCGAAGACCUGGUAGGCUGGUUCCCCGCGGUUUGCCCUCGCCCGCCAUCUCCGGUGCCGCCCCCUCGCGAAGACUGGGUGGAGCGGCGGUUGUCGUCGGUCCCGCUCUUGGUGGUCGAAUCUUGGUCACCCCAACGGUUCUUCCAGCUCUUAGACGCAGGAGCCACCGACCGACUGUAGUUCUUGUCCCCUCCAGAACCAUGUGCAGGGCGUGAAGAGGCCUGCCGGGGGGCUUGCAGAUCGUGCUUGAAAUCGUUGUUUGAGGCAGCACGAGCAAGAGGCAGCUGGAGUCCUCCAUCAUGGGCCACCACCGACGCUCCUUGAGGACCGCUCGUAAUAGAGGCACGACGGAGAGCGAACAAAAGCCGGAACACGGACUGCCGAGGAGAAGGCGGAAGUUUCGCGAUGUAGGGGGCAGAAUAAAUGUGCCCGAAAGCAACGGUGUGAGAGUGGGGAAACUGAGCACGGACGAGGUGCUUGACUCCAGCCCAUGCAAAAAGAGCUGCCAGUUUACCCUCAUCGUGGAAAGUUGAGUCUUCGGCUGGCAUCUCCAGUGGGCGGGGCAGGAACGCUGUAUCGCCAACAUGGAACUCGUACCCCGCGGCUGCGGCCGCAGUCGAUGCCCCGUCUUCACCGGCCGGACGACUCAACGUCACAGAAAACUCCGGAGUAGCCACCACCUCCCGCCCGUUCUCCUUCGCCACAGAAGCACGCUGCGAUUGAAAUUGGAGGGGGGCAACAACACGACGAUGGGGAGGGGGCGAGGGCAAGGCCGCUGCGUGCGGGCCAUGGGGGCGGAACUCGAGGUGGUCCAGCCGUGAUCGGAGCGCCCCCUGCUUCGCCAUAGCAGCUUGAACGUACGCCUGGCGCUCCGCCAGCUCAGCUUUACGAUCCUCCUCCUGCUUCCGUGGUGCCGCCAGAGCAUCCUGCAAUCCUGCCGCUGACGCUAAGUGUAAAGUUGGUGAAGCCGUGGGCGGUAGCUUGCUCCUGGAGAUGGAUGAAGGUUCUGUCGUUGUCACGCUUGUCCACGAGCACGCUGAGAUGGGAAAGUUGCUUGUUAUUGCCGAGAGACGAUCAGCAAGGGUCUGAGAUGGAGUGGGGAUCCAACUUCAUCUCAGGGGGUACACAGAGUAGACAAUUCUAAGGGGGUAGGGGUCAGAAGGGUAUACUUCCUGACCGACCCGCAUCCUAUCAACAAUAAGAUGUAUCCGAUUCAUGCUAGCAGCCACACUCCUUAAUACUUGGCUCUGCUUGCGUUGUGAAGUACAAAGAUUGAACCAAGGGGGUGUACCUCUUUUUCUCUGGCCCGUGAUGCUGACUCCUAGUCUCAGUUGGUACCUCGCAUAGCGCGCAGAGGGAGCGGAGGAAUCAAGAAUAUCUGUCAUCAAUUUCUAUUGACCUGCGGACCCCUCGGGGCCAGUUAAUUUGAGUGUUUCUUUUUGAGGGGUAUCCGUCGAUUGACUUUUACCUGAACCGGUACACCUUCGCAUAUGGCAUCAGCGGCAGGAUACUAGUUCGAAUCUCCUUGGGUGCACACUUUUUCUCCUGACUUGGACAUUUUCCCAGGGACACAAUGUGUGUCAGUCCUGAGAACGCCUCUGGAGUCGAUCCUAAAAAGAACCUUGUGACAUUUCCAUCGAAUUACCCAUCCUGGCUACAAGAGGUUCCCAGUUGAGGGUAGAUUUUGUGGGUGGAGAGUGUUAAGGAGGACCCGAUUCGCAGGGUAUCCGUCGAUCGACUUUUACCUGAAUCGGUACACCUUCGCACAGCACAGAGGAAGAACGGAAGAACCGUCGCCAUCAAAGCAAAUAGUAUUACUUUGAUCAGGAGGUUCUCUCAAACGAAGAUAAUCCUCCGCAAUUCAUCUGGGUUUUUAGGCCCAUGUUUAUGGUCACCAAAUCUUCGGAAAAAAACUUCACACGUUUCCAAACAUUUGCGUGCGAAUAUUUGUCAGAGGAAGAUUUGAGUACCGCUGUUAUGGGAACGAGAAAAAAAACUUCGGCGGGACUGUGAGUUUCGGAGGCGUUUUGGUUCAUUUUCAUAAAGCACGCGGCGCGGGGCCUCCUUCUCUCUCACGAGCAACACGCGCACACCAGCUGGCGCACACAACUGCUGUAGUUAUCACUUUCCACGCCCACACACAUACACAUUGUCACCGUGUAUGGAACGGUUGAGCCGACCCCAUUCCCUGGUCUGCGCGAAGACCGGCGCCUCAACCUUCCUGCACAAUAGGAUGGUUCGCGUGCUGUUAAAGACAUUACGCGAAUGCCACAUGCCAAUCGCUGUUGAAGACUCUUCCCCAUUUACUACAGGCACUGGUAGGGGAAGAGGGCUCUACAAGAUGGAUUUAGUGAUCCCCCCAGGAUUACACGCAGGA